GAGAGAGAGAGAGAGAGAGAGAGAGAGAGAGAGAGUCUCUGAAAGGAAAGGACAUAAAUUAUGGCGUUGCGUAGUCCAGUUUUGCGAUGGUAGAACUUUUGGCGGAUGCGCAGUAACGUGUGAGCAUUCGAGGGAAAGCGUCUUUGCUGCCAGUUGCGUGGUGUGUCGAAGCAUUAGGGUGCGGGCAGGAACACGGCACGCUGCCUGCGUUCGAUUUCUUGUGGUGUUUUGCCCACUGUCGCGGAUCCUGAGCUUAGCCAUCUCCUCGACUGCUAGAACUGAAUUAUUUUGAGAUGGUGGCGUUUUGUUCUUCUCCUAUGUAAAGCAUUCUUACGGAUUUUACUGCCGAGCAAGCUCUCCUGUGCGUUCUUGCCUGCUCGCUUGGUGAUGCCUUUCGGAGCGAGUGGGUUACAUGGAGACGCGGUGAGAGAGAGAGAGAGAGAGAGAGAGAGAGAGAGAGAGAGAGAGAGAGAGAGAGAGAGAGAGAGAGAGAGACGCUGUUUUGGCGAGUCUAAAGCAUUUGCCGCUCUGUAGUGUUGCUAGCUGUUAGGCAGUUUAAGCGAGACAAAGAAAUCGGGUCGGUUCUCCUUUGCCCGAGUUUUCUCUUUAUACGGGCGGAUGAUUGAACUUGUAUUUCCUGGCUGCCAGGUCCGCUUGACUUCACCUACAAAUGGAGCUCCUCAAUGAGUUCUCAUUCAGGUCUUUUAUUCUAUCUCAUGUCGGUUGGGUUUUUCUGCCGUCCUCCCCUAUCCUUGCGCCGUUCUAUGGUCUGUCCUUCCUCUUCCUCCUUCCUCUUUACUCCAUCCCUACUCUGCCUGCUUUAUCCCUCUUUUUUCCUGUUUUCUUGCUUGCUCCGAUCGCAAUAGUGGCUCGAGUUGAAUGUGGAAAAGCCUGUCAUGCCUGUUACUCUAAAUGUGUUUUAUUCUUGUUGAGUUCACUGUAGUGAUUCUUGCUUCUGCUUUUGCGUUUUGGUGGUGUUGCCCCGACUGGAGCUUCUGGAAUUCUGGAAUGCCAGCCUAUCCCGCCAAGACUCGUCAUAUAUGGGCAGGUUUCCCUCCUCAAUCACUUUCGUCAUUGACUCUGGCUUUUCCCCGACUUGAUCUUCUGGAAUGCCAGCCUAUGUAUGGCCAGGUUUGCCAGCCUAUGUAUGGUCAGGUUUUCCUCGAUGACUUUGGUCAUUGGUCAUCGACUUUUGCUUCGACUUGUCACUGUAAUUAGUUCUUUACCUUCUCGCCGUUGCCCUGAAGCUGUCUUAUUUCUCUGUCGUUUAGGUCCUCCCUGCCACGCCUGUUAUACUGGUACAUCCUAUUGAGCUUCUUUUUUUAUAUAUAUAUCCUCCUCAAUCACUUUCGUCAUUGACUCUGGCUUUUCCCCGACUUGAUCUUCUGGAAUGCCAGCCUAUGUAUGGUCAGGUUUUCCUCCUCGAUGACUUUGGUCAUUGGUCAUUGAUUUUUGCUUCGACUUGUCACUGUAAUUAGCUCUUUUUUACCUUCUCGCCGUUGCCCUGAAGCUGUCUUAUUUCUCUGUCGUUUAGGCCCUCCCUGCCACGCCUGUAUAUCUUUUUUUUUAUAUAUACUGCUUCCUCCGCUCUUUGUAUGACGUGCUCCGUUUCUGUGAUUGCCAGAGCCAGUUUUCGUCGCAGACGCGCCCGCAAAUCAUCCGCAAAUCAUGAGCAAACAGGCUAAAUGGUACAUGUUAGUCGAUGGAUAAAGAAAGCAUAAUUCU